UUAGCACAUACAUAAUACACACCGUCCUCAUCGCAGCACAGUAGUACGGGCUGACACGCGAUCGCAUAUCCGAAGCGCUAGAGCGGCCGAGAGAUCUCCCUGCGUGUGUGCGUCUCGAGUGAUGGAGAAGCAUUGUUUUUAUUCUUAAAUCUACCGCUCACUAGCGUUACAUUCGGGAGGUUGAUCGUCGUCCGCCAGGCUUUACCUUUACGGGACAUCUACUGGGAGAACUGCCCAACUAUGGAUUGCCUCAUUGAAGUUGGGCCACCCGAUCCUGUCUCCGCCUAGACAACUGACCCAAGAUUUAUAGGGAAAGGCAUAAAAGGAAUGUUGUGUUACCUGCGUUACCGUUUAUUAGAAAUCCUCGCUAAUUGUCAUUAAUAGUUUUCAUUGCCAAUGUUCAAAUCUGUGUAUGCGUAAAAAAAAAGGACACGGGCAUCUAGUAUCCGCAACCUGGUACCUGCGGAUAUGCAGUGCGCUAUAUAUUUAUAAUUGACAUCUGUUUCUUGGAAAUAUUUUUCGUGUUAUUAUAUUUUCUGCGGGUGCAAAACUGUACACGUUGUGCGCGGAUCGUUUUUGAACAAGUAGCCUAGGAAGUGCGCUCAUUGCAGAUCCCACCAGAUCCCACCAUCCACCUUUUCGCCAUAGGCCUACCACUGUAGUGCAAUUGACAACACAGUGUCCAUUAGGCUACUGUUUUAAGGCGGAACUCAUAUCGCCAUCCUAGGAUUUAGCCAUGGCUUUACCAGACAGCAGCAUCCCUGGGGACGAAGUUGGCUUCCCAGAGAUUAUUGAGCUGAACGUCGGUGGCCAAGUGUACAUCACGCGCUAUUCUACCCUCACUAGCGUGCCAGACUCUCUCCUGUGGGACAUGUUCAGUCAGAAGUCGACCAAAGGACUGGCCCGGGACACGAAAGGCAGGUUCUUUGUGGACCGCGACGGCUUCCUGUUCCGUUACAUCCUGGACUACAUGCGGGACCAGCAGCUGGUUCUCCCGGACCACUUCCCCGAGCGCGGACGGCUGCAGCGCGAGGCCGAGUUCUUCAACCUGCCCGAGCUCGUCAAGCUCCUGGCGCCCAAAAUCAGCAAGCAGAACUCCCUGGGGGACGAGGGCUGCCAGAGCGACCCCGAGGACGCCUCCCCCGGGCUGGAGACCGGCCGCCACAUGGGCUCCCUGGGGGCGGCGGCGGCGGCCUGCGCCAGCCUGGUCCCGGGAGGCCUGGACGCCAGCAAGCGCUCAGGCUUCAUCACCAUCGGCUACCGGGGCUCGUACACCCUGGGCCGCGACAGCCAGACCGACGCCAAGUUCAGGCGGGUGGCGCGCAUCAUGGUGUGCGGGAAGACGUCCCUGGCCAAGGAGGUGUUCGGCGAGACCCUGAACGAGAGCCGGGACCCCGACCGCCCGCCGGAGCGCUACACGUCGCGCUACUAUCUCAAGUUCACCUUCCUGGAGCAGGCCUUCGACAAGCUGGCCGACUCCGGCUUCCACAUGGUGGCCUGCAACUCCACGGGCACCUGUGCCUUUGCCCACGAGCAGACGGACGACAAGAUCUGGACCAGCUACACUGAAUAUGUGUUCUACCGUGAGUGA